AUGCCCAAAGAAAGCGUGUUCAAGCUGUUUGGUAAAAGGAUCCCAAUAAAUUCGGAAAUCGAAGAAAAUCAGCUUCAACAAAGGGAGGUCGAAGAAUCCGAUGAGUCAAGGGUGAGAAGGCCUGAAAAUUCAGUUCAGUGCCCACGUUGUAAGAGCAAGGAAACCAAGUUUUGCUAUUUCAACAAUUACAAUGUAAACCAGCCGAGGCACUUUUGCAGGGGGUGUCAGCGGUACUGGACCGCCGGUGGGGCGCUGAGAAAUGUGCCGGUUGGAGCAGGGCGCCGCAGGAAGAUGCAGCACUUACCACAGGGUGAGGUCUCUGCAUGCGGCAACGACGGUGGCCAUGUUCUGAUCGGCGGCAAUCUAUUUGACCAACCCGGGUUUCGACAAACUGGCAGUCGCUGCAGUCGGAUGGUCUUUACUUUUGAAGAGCCUUGA